AUGGAUCCCAUCAUCAUUCUCAUAAUGGCCAUCUGCUGGGGGCCAGCCGGGCCAAUCAUAGGUUAUGAUUGCGGAAACAAGAUAUUGAACAUGACGACCAUUUCUUUAGUGGAUAUUGAUGAGUGUGAUCUCGAUACUGAGCCUAUUGAGACCACACUGAAAGAUAUUGCAUUAUUACAACUAAACGAGUUUGAACAUAUUCAAAUUACACAAUGCAAGAUUGAAAUCCACAGAGUAAUUCAACACUGUGGGUGGCAAUCUUACAAUUCGAUCGUAAACAACGGGAUAAAUGAGUAUAUACUUCCGAUAAGUCACGAAAUGUGUCAGGUCGCGCACGACCAUGGCACAUUGCGUAUCGGGAACACUUUUAUCGAUGGAUUUCUUCCAAAUAUUACGGCGACUCGAAGUAUUACACUUGCGGGAAGCGUAAACAGUAACGCGGAUUGCACUAAUGCCCAGUAUAGUGACCCUUUUGGCACUUGGGACAACGUGUUUGUUAUCGGUACGGCUAAAAGCACUCUAAAAUUCCAACUAGCUCGCGUAAAAGUUGUCGAUAACAAAGUUCACUUGCCAUCAGGAACUUCUUGCAAAUUAAGUAAGGGAUCUUGCAUUGACCCCUGGCCCAGCCAUUAA